AUGGCCUUGGAGAACCAUAGCACCAUCAAUGAGUUCAUCCUCCUUGGUCUGUCUGCUGCCCCACACAUCCAAGCUUUCUUCUUUGGGCUGUUUUUGGAAAUUUACCUCCUAACCAUGACAGGGAACCUGAUGAUGCUGGUGGUGAUCAGGGCAGAUUCUCACCUCCACACCUCCGUGUACUUCUUCCUGAGUCACCUUGCUUUCCUGGACCUUUGCUUUUCUUCUGUCACAGUCCCAAAGCUGCUGGAGAAUCUGUUGUCUCAGAAGAAAACCAUCUCUGUGAAGGGCUGUCUGGUUCAAGCCUUCUUUCUGAUUGAGAGUGGAGCCACCGAAGUCUGCCUGCUCGCAGUGAUGGCCUAUGACCGUUACGUUGCCGUCUGCCACCCCCUGCACUACAGACAGAUGAUGAGCAACCAGCUCUGUAAGGGGUUGGUGUGGGGUUCCUGGGGCCUGGGCUUUUUGGAUGCACUCCUCAACAUCCUUCCAACGAUGAACUUCAACUUCUGUGGAGAUGAUUCCAUCCCACACUUCAGCUGUGAGCUGCCCUCUCUCUUCUCUCUGUCCUGCUCUGAUGUCUCCACCAGUUUUACUGUCUUGCUCAGCUCCAGCCUCUUGUAUGUGCUUGGAACCAGUUUCCUGAUCUUCUACUCUUAUGCCCAAAUUGUCUCCACCAUCGUGAGCAUCAGCUCCUCCUUAGGUAGAAGCAAGACCUUCUCCACCUGCUCCUCCCACCUCACUACAGUCCUUCUGCUGUAUGGCUCAGCUUUCCUGCGCUAUCUCAUGCCAACCUCAGGUUCACCAAUGGAGUUGAUCUUCUCUGUACAGUACAAUGUUAUUACUCCCUUAGUGAAUCCCCUCAUCUAUAGCCUGAGAAACAAGGAGGUGCAAGCAGCUCUGAAAAGGACCUUAAGAAAAUAUCUCCACUAUGACCUUAAGAAAAUAUCUCCACAGAAUAUGAUGUGUAAUUAG